UUAGUUUAGUUUGUUACUUGAUGGAAGCAUCGUUCUUUGUAUCUCAUUUAUUUUGCAGUGCAUGUGGUUUGGUUUGUGGAUCACGUUCGCAUAGGUUUUUUAGCAGUGAAGAGUUCCUUAAACCAAUAAUACAAAUUGCUAUUAUGCUUGAGGAAAUUAAAAUUAAUUAGAGUAAAAUGUGGGGUGGGAGAGAUUUUGUGUUAAUUGUGGUGCUGUUAGUGGGUGUGGUGGUGGAGGGUCAGAUUGCUAGCACGUCAUCGUCCGACUAUGCCACGGCGGAAAGCGAUUAUGACGACAAAGACGUUCAAUUUGAAUCAUCCCCUCCGAAUUUGUUGAUACUUUUAGCCGACCCCAAAAAUGGGACGACGGUCCCUUUGGCAAAUCAGCCAAAUACGGACGUCGUGUUGGACAGAAGCUUUGAAAAGGUUCAUCUCUUCUGCUCGGCGUAUUAUCCAGUUAAAUGGAGUUACAGUGGAGAUGGGUUUCCAUUCCUGAAUGUGGACAAUACCCGAUUUACCGAGGAUUUUUAUGACCCGACGACCUACGCAUUUUCCGCCCUGUUAGAAUUGGAGGGGCUGAAAGAGUCGCAAUCUGGCAAUUACACGUGCCACAAAUGGGAUAAUGUCUCGUACUCGGCGUCCUAUCAUAUCUUUGUGCCAGGGGACAGAAUAAUUUUACCAGAAAACAAUACCAAACUUUACGUCGAUGCUGCCGUUAGUUCGAUACGGAUUCCAUGCUCGGUAUCAGAUCCGCAUGCGAAUGUUACUCUACUCAAGAAGUUUGACAAGGGUCAAGGGCAAAAGGACUGGAUGGCCAUUUCUUCCGCGUUCUACUCCUAUAAUCCCCGUUCGGGCUAUGUCUUUAAGGGGGCCUCAGUUCUGACGGCGAUCGGCGACUUUAUCUGCGCUGUGGGGGAAUCUAUCAAAGUUCAUGUUAAUGUUGUGGUGAAUAAUACGUUGGCAGGGACCAAUUAUCCACCACUCAAGGAGGAUUGCUGUGACAAGAAAUUCCUCCAAAGCCUAGGAAAUGAGCGGACAUCGUGUCGAAGUUUCAUUUCGGAACGAUGUCAAGCCCCCGAAUUCUUGGAUGCUAAACGAAGUCCGUGCUCUGAUUGGAAAUUGGCCGAGUUUCUAAAGUCCCCAGUGGAGUUGUGCAAACAGGAAAUUGCUCCAUCAAAUUCCAGUGUAGCGGUGGGAUAUUUUUCGCCCAAGGAACAAGGAGGUCCUCGUCUCCAUAUGUAUUGUCAAGCUGACCCUCUCGAAUACACGCAAGGUUUCAAACUGGCCGUCGAGUGGUCAAAUGGUUCCAUGGUCUUUGUGGAUGAUGACCGACUCCUCGUCCCAGGUUUAAGUGAAUACCCGUCGGGUUAUGAGGUUCACGCCGAAAUAACGGACCUUUUAAACCCUGAGCAUCCCUUAGAUCCGGUAAUUCUCCAUUGUUACAUUCCACUCAAGUUGUCCUUCAAAUGGAUCAAGAUUCUGAAACAUAUCCCAUCCAAUGACUUGAGACCGUUUGCCGAAGCCUGGUACAACGUGUCCGGGACGACGACGACGACGGAAUCACCACCGUUUCGGGCACGAAGACCAACUUCAACCGGAUUUAGGAAACCUGGAGGAGGAAAUGUGGACCUGGAUACGAACCUGGAGGCAAAUAAUGAGUUAUUGGUAAAUAAUAACAACCAACGCCAAGCAGGGCGAAGUAGGGGACGCACUACGAGCAGUCGACAGGACGAUGUUGACAGUGGGUCAAUUGAUCGCAGAAAUUCUAAUGUGGUUUGGAUAUCAAUUUUUACACUUUUUAUGUCAAAGUUACUAUUCUCAAGAUAAAAAAUAAUUUCGUUCGUAUGUAUACGUCACAAAUGUAUGUGUACUUUACUCUACAAAUUUUUGAACUGUGAUGGAUAAGUCAAUUAAUAAGCUGUAAGUAAACUAAUGUACAUAAAUAUUACGCACGAUAACUAAUAAACUACUCAUACAGCUUU